AUGCCCUCUCUCAAAUCCCUCCUCCUCCUCGGCGCAAGCCUGGCCGCGACCUCGGUCCAGGCCACGCCCAUCCAGUCUCUCGACUUCAGCGGCACGUCCCUUGCGCCCCGCGCCGACCCGAGUCUGACGGGCUACCUCGGUGCCUUCUUCCUCGGCGCGGAUCCGUAUGUGUACUUAUACCUCUCCAACGGCAACAAAUUCGGCCGACUAAGGGAACGGGCGACUACCUGGGAUGCUGCUCAGAGACAGGGAUCCAAGGGCAUUUUCGUCUGGGAGAGCACGGAUCUCGUCAACUGGACCAACGAGAGACUCGUUGUCGUUGAGAACUCUAGCGCCGGCAUGGUGUGGGCUCCCGAGGCCAUCUGGGAUGCUGCCAAGGGGCAGUACCUCGUUCACUGGGCCUCCAAGUUUUACCCCACCUCGGACCCGAACCACACCGGCAGCCCCGGCGCCAUCGUAAUCCGCUACGCCUACACCUCGGACUCCAAGACCUUCUCCACCCCGCAGACCUACAUCGACAAGUCCCCCACCAACAUCAUCGACCUCAACAUCCUCCCCACCGGCACCGACGGCAAGUCCUUUGUGCGCUUCCUCAAGGACGAGUCCCUCAAGACCGUCUUUGUCGAGGUCUCCACCACGGGACUCUUCGGUUCCUGGACCCGUCCCGGCGGUAGCUCCGCUGUUAUCGCCAGCGGUGUCGAGGGCCCUGCUUCGCCGUAUGAGACCACUAAUGUGGCGAGUAACUCGGGCUGGACUGCUAGUUCGAUGACUGGGUUCCCUAGUGGGUUGAGGCAUUGUGGUGUUCUGCCUGUUAACCAGACGAUUUAUGAUGCUUUGGAAAGCGCUGGGGUUAAGUGA